AUCACCAUCGGGAUCUACCAUAAUAUUUGCCCUUACGUCAUUCCGCUCAAAUGACGAGUGACGGAUCCGUCAUUUGUCAUUUUCGACAUUUGAUUCAACAAAAAAAUAAAUAAAUAAUAAAUAAAAUAAAUAACCACUCACUCAUCAAACUGGCGCUAAAAUUUCCAAUUUUAACUUAAUUAGAAGUAUUCGUCUAUGUACUUAAAUCACCGAAUGCGUUAAUAAAGCAUCUUCGAAAUGAAAAUCCACUGUACGGUAUGCGUAGUAAACCGUUUGGCGGCUCAUUUACCGGCCAGCAUGAAGAAAAGACCCGUCAAGUCUACCUUGGCACUCUGCAAGCAUCCCAACAAUAACGAGUACUCUUUAAUCCUAUUUUCUGGACAAAAUAAAAAUGGCACCAAGUAUCCCUUAAAAGAUAACCUGAAGCACAUCUUCGCCAGGUUCAUAAACGAUGGCAAAUGCACCAUACAGUUCAAGAAACCUGAGCAUGAUUUGUGUGUACAGGGUGACCCCAUUCAGGUUAAGGGGUUCUUGCAUCUCUUGAAGAGAGCUUUUGAGGGUAAAGUGGCCAGUAAUGAGUUCACAUAUUCCAGUUUGAAUGUUAUGCCAGUCAAGCAGAAGGAGGUACCUGUAACUAAGUUAGAAAUAAGCCACCGGUCUCAAUACCCAUCAAAAGGUUUUCCUCGAACAUUAGAAUUCCUAUCCAUCACCAACAUACAGAGAUGCAGUCUAGACAAAGGGAUUCUCCAACUAAGCAGACUGAAAGUCUUAGAUUUAACCAAUAAUUUAAUCGAGCAUCUCCCUGAAGAGUUCGGUAAUCUUCCAAAUCUUAAAGAACUUAACUUGACCAAUAAUAAACUUGGCAGAGGAGCUUUGAAGCAGUGGCAGUGGCUCGGGGGAGCUUUAUCAAAGUCCUUACAUGCAUUAAACUUAUGCCACAACGAGAUGCAUUAUGUUCCAGAUCAGUUGGUGAAGUUCCACAAUUUGUCCAUUUUGAAUUUAAAUUGUAACAAAUUAAAAAAACUGCCAGCUGGAAUGGGGAAUUUAAGGAAUCUGAAAUUGUUUGACGCAUCCAAUAAUUUACUCACAGCCUUGCCUGGGAGCAUAAAGAAGUGGAACUUACAAGCUAUCGAUGUUUCAGCUAAUGCUUUUGUCCAAAUAAUUCCGGAGGCAAAUGCUGCAUGUCCUGGCCAUUUACCAGUUUGUUCUUUAAAAGAAUAUGCUGCCAAAAGAGUAUUAGAAGAGAGAAUACCUUAUUCAAAAGGGACUAUACCAUUAAACCUAAUAGGUUAUCUGGACUAUGCAAACUACUGUGUUUGUGGAAAGGCAUGUUUCAACAUAUUUUUAACUCAUUCUCACAACAUCUUGUUAACCGAUAUUUCUAACGUAGUUAAUCGUAAAACUUUCGAGACAAUUUGCGUACCCAUCGAUUGUCAUUUUUGCAGUUUAAAAUGUUACCAUGCGGAGGUAUCGAGGAGGGUCAAUCGAAAUCCGAUAGUUAGGUAGGAUGCGGUUGAUUUUAGUUAAAUGGAGGGUUCGUGAACCUGCUUGUGUUUUUUUUUCGGGUCUGUAACAGUCGGUCAAGGAUUGUCCAUUUAGCUAAAAUUGCUGUAAACAUUUUUUGUGAGUUUAUUGGUGCCUUGUAAGUCAAUUGUAAAAUAUUUUUUGACAUUGCAUUAAUUAAUAUUGAAUAAAUGAUGUAAUUAUUGUCAAUCAAAUUUUGUGAUAGGAUGGUUCAAGAAAAAAUUUGAUAAUUGCGGAGAGAUAUGGGGUUUGCAAAUGUAUAUAUUGAUUGAUGAGGGAUGUGAAUUUGUGAUGUGAAAAACAGUUAAUCAAUUCCCCCUGUUUUAAUGUCUUGAAGAAUUGACUGUUCCUGUAAUUUUUAAUUAGGUUUUUAAGUAUGUAUUAGGAAAAUGUGUUACAAAUGAUAUAUUUUUCAAAUUUGACGCACAAAAUUACUUAUGACUGGAAUUUGAAUGCCCUUUGCAAGCUCUGGAAUUGUGAUGUUAUGUGAUAACAUUUUUCCUAAUACAAUGAAGUAUGUCUUUCAGUACAAGAAUAUUUAAGAUGUAAAUUAGUAUUUAAGGUAUUUAUAUACUUCUCGUUUCUGAUCAAUGUUAAAGUUUUCUGUAAAAAUAAAUUUUUCUUCAGCUUA